AUGCCGGUGCGUGAUUCGCAAACUUUGACAAAGGAGCUUCAAAAACAGCUCAAGGAGAUUGAAAAGCAGAAGAAACAACUUGCAAAGCUCAUUCAACAGGCCAGCGCAUCGAAGCAAGCCAGAACAGAUAGCAGCUCAUCCAGCGCCGAGGAUGACAAUGACAUUGAGUCCAAAGACUCAGACAGUCAAGGGCCUCCAAAGUUCCGCAGCCUUGGCGACAUUCAAGCACGACCUGUGGUACUGCCAGCGGCUAAGAAAUGGCUCAUCAGACUGGGAGAUCCCAUUUCUCAGUCAGCAGAGUUGGCAGAUGUUGAUCUAACAGGUGAAGAAUUGCAUGCCGGUCAACAUCGCACAACGUCGACACCACCGGCGCCAUCUCAUCACAGUAGCCGCGAACCUUCUCUUUCACGCACUCUUCCAUUACCUUCUAGCCAUCAAUCCUCAACCUUAUUCAGGCUAUCACUGGUAUCUCAUGGUCUGUUGUCAUCGCCUUUUGAGCUCUUAUCUAACGAAGGGGACACACGUCCCAAUCAAGGCCCGGCGUCGACGCCAUCAGAGGAAAGCAACGCUAGCCAUCAUGACCAUAGCAUUUCAGCUGCGCAUGCUGACGGUGGGAAAGUUACUUCCUGCCCACAGCCUCGUUCUCCUCCGGUGCCGGAUAAUGGGGAUCCUGCACGCAAGCGUCCACGUCGCUCCCGUUUGCCUGUACAGAGGCCUCUUCAAGUCGAUGUGAUUGCUAACAAGGGUGGAAAGGUACCUCAAGGAUCUAAGCCACGGCAAUCCGACUAUGAAAAGUGGCUCAGGAACAUGAUUUCGAAGGCCAUCAAUCUAUACAACCUGAAGCUCACCACUGUCCACGCAUUUCCAACACCGGAGCAGCAGAGGAUAUGGGCCCGAGAGGCAUGGUCAUCAAUAUGUGAUGAACAUAAGAAAUGCUUUCCCGAGGAUGGUUCCUUUCGCAUCAUGACAUUGAUAAUGAAUCAAAGUUCAACAUUUUGUGGCCAUCUCAAAGACAAGCUACGCAUGCGCAUGCUCGACGCAUUUAAGAUUCCCGAAGCUGCUGACAAUGAGGCUGCUAAUCACAGCCAUGCCCUCUACUGGCGGCUGGUUGAAGGCUCGCCUCCACGGUAUUGCCACAAGACAUGGGAUACCGACAGUCCGACCGGUUAUGGUGAGCAUAAUAUGUUUACCUUGGCACUCCGCGAGCAGUUGUUCCGGAACGCCCAAGAUGCCGGCGCCAUUCACCAGGACAAGCUCAACCCCAUUCCGCUUCCGACACUUGCGCUUUUAUUUACUAUGAUUCGAUUUCAUCUAGACUGCUACGAGAAUGGGCAGCGCGACGACUCAGUUGUGUUCUCGGAGGUGGAUUACUACGACCAUUACAGAGAUCACCUCAGCUGGGCCAAGCAUUGGUCGGCCGUAGAUCCGGAUGAGACGCGCAAAAUGCGCAGCGACAUGUUCCGUGUAGUACUCAAACUGAGCAAGGUGCCACCAACCAGUAUUACUGUGGCCUAUUUCUCCCAGGAUGCCGAGGAUCGCCUGCGCACAGAGCUUGCUGCACGCCGUCGCGCCCGUGAGCAGGUGCAACUUGACCAGGGCCAGGGUGACGUCACUGAAGUGGUGGAGGCGCAGGGGUAG